UCUGUACACCAAAGGCGUACACAACCCAGUGCUACACCGGCCGUCAUCCUCUCCCUGUCCCAAUCAUUCUUCUUCCCUUUUCUACGGUCACCCUCUGCAAAGUAGGAACCUGAACCAAAGUUCCAUCGCCGAGCUUGAGAGUUUUCUCCAUAAAAUGGUUAGAAACGGCGAUGUCCCAUUUACAUUCCCCUCUGUAAAGCUCCCUCUUUUCUCAUUUCCACCGCAGGCCUCCAUCUCUAACCAGUUACUCUCAAGCAUCCACCUUCCUCUCAGCAAACUCCCCAAACUCCCAAAUCCAUUCGCCCAAAACUUCAAUCCGCAAAACGUGCUAACGAAAUUCCUGCAACACACAUUUCACAAACCCAUCAGAAGAUUCAAUUCCUACCCCGGGUCACCGCUUCUCUGCUGCUCGUCACUGUCGUUGAACCAGACUCGGGAAACUGAUGCUGACACGGUGGUGGCUCAGCAGGUGCAGCAGAAGAAUGCUGGGGAUGAGAGGGUUCUGAUAAGUGAGGUGUUAGUGAGGAACAAGGAUGGUGAGGAGCUUGAGAGGAAGGAUUUGGAGGCUGAAGCUCUCAAUGCGCUCAAGGUUUGCCGAGCAAACUCCGCCCUCACUGCCAGGGAGGUCCAGGACGAUGUGCAUAGGGUUUUUGCGAGUGGAUAUUUCUCCUCUUGCAUGCCUGUAGCUAUGGAUACCAGAGACGGGAUUAGGUUGGUUUUUCAGGUAGAGCCAAACCAAGAGUUUCGAGGCUUAGUUUGUGAAGGAGCCAAUGUUCUUCCAGCAAAGUUUAUAGAAGAUGCUUUUCGUAAUGGAUAUGGAAAAAUUGUUAACAUUAGACGUGUAGAUGAAAUAAUUAACUCUAUCAAUGGUUGGUUCAUGGAUCGGGGUCUCAUUGGCAUGGUCUCGGGUAUUGAUAUCCUUUCAGGAGGUAUUAUCAAGUUACAAGUUGCAGAAGCUGAGAUCAAUAACAUAAACAUACGCUUCUUGGAUAGGACUGGUGAGCCGACCAUUGGAAAAACAAAACCAGAAACUAUACUUCGGCUACUUACUACCAAGAAAGGGCAGGUGUAUAGUGCGCUUCAGGGGAAAAGAGAUGUGGAGACUGUGUUGUCAAUGGGCACUAUGGAAGAUGUUAGCAUCAUUCCCCAACCUGCCGGAGAUACUGGAAAGAUUGAUCUGACUAUGAAUCUGGUUGAGCGUAAAAGUCCUACAGGUAUAAGUGCUGGUGGCGGACUUUCAAGUCGGAUCACAAAUGGGCCUCUUGCUGGAUUGAUCGGAAGGUAAUAAUGGGUGUCAGUUAUUAUUCCUGUGUUACUUUGCUAAUUUGUUGUUUUUUAAUUAUUAUGAUAUCAAUUUUUUUUAUUAAUGUGAGUGAUUUAGAAAAACCAACCUUUCAAGCUUACGCUGUAUUUCCAUUUAUUAGAUUAGCAUAAGAAAUCCCAAAAUUCCAUUAGUUUCAACCAUUAUGGACAUUCCAAUGUCUACAUUUCCGCAUUUUCUGUCCAUGAAGCUUUGCUCCAACAUUUUGUCAGCUGUCACUUAAUGUUAGAUCAUUUCUGAAUUUACUUUGCAUGUGUUGUGCUUAUUUUGCUCCACAUGUGCCAUCGUUCUGCUGCUUUACAAUUAGUUAUUUUUUUUAUCUUUCCCUCUAUGAAGUUGCAUAUUAUACUGCCAGUGUUUUGCUCAACCAGUUUUACUUACACGGUAAUGUUCAUGUCAUUUUGUAAAUGCUGCCUUUCCAUUUACCAUAAAAAUCUUUUUGGGAGAAACCAAAAGCUCAACUUAUCACUAGAAAGGGGGCAGAUUGAUUCAAUAUACCGGAUAAAUUACACAGACCCUUGGGUUGAAGGAGAUGAUAAAAGGACAUCAAGAUCGAUCAUGGUUCAGAACUCAAGAGCACCUGGUACGCUUGUUCAUGGGAACCAACCGGAUAAUAGUAGCCUGACUAUAGGCCGUGUAACAGCCGGGAUAGAAUAUAGCCGUCCAUUCCGGCCGAAGUGGAAUGGAACUGCUGGAAUUAUUUUUCAGCGUGUCGAUGUUCGUGAUGAUAAACGGAAUCCUGUUAUACGGAACUUCUACAGCAGCCCACUUACUGCAAGCUGGCUUUCAACAUGGACCAGGGUAUUCCUGUUUUGCCUGAGUGGCUACUUUUCAAUAGAUUAAAUGCUCGUGCCUUGAAAGGCUUCGUUGUUGGUCCAUUCCGUCUCCGUUUAAGUUUAUCUGGUGGUCAUGUGGCGGGCAAUUUCCCUCCCCAUGAAGCGUUAGGGGAUAUGAAGAUGGCGCAGUUGGCUCAAGUCGGUCAUACACGGUUGGCUGCGGAGAAAUUUCAUUUCCCCUUACGGGGCCGGCGGAAGGGGUUGUAUUUGCUGAUUAUGGGACAGACUUUGGUUCCGGUUCCAGUGUGCCUGAAGGCUAAGUUAAGUGACCGAAGUCUUGAGCGCGAAGAGGAAGAACGAAGUCUUGAGCGCGAAGAGGAAGAACGAAGUCUUGAGCGCGAAAAGGAAGAACGAAAUAACCCUUGAAGCCGUUAAGGUCAACGAAGUCACUCAGAAUGUGGGAGACAUUAGACUUAAUUUUGAACUAUGGUGGCACCCUUAAAACCUCCUCUCCUAUGGAAUAUAGUAAUGGCCGCAUAGAGAUAAUUAAGAGUGACCCUGAUGUAGUAAGUUAUCCACAUCUAAAAAAGUUCAUAGAAUCUGGACCAUUUGGGGGCUUUGGGAAGUUGAUGUAUAAAUUGCCUCGUGAACCUUUGGAAUCUUUAAAAGACUUAGUAGAUGAUGCUUCCACAUUGGAGUUGGUUAGUCUGUGUGCUACUGAUGGAGUGUGUGAACUGUAUUUGCUGCAACCCUCCACAGCAUGUAGUGGAGGAGGGGUUCAAAACUGUGAAGACAUACCUGAUGAUGAUGAAGAUUUGGGGACCCAAACCGAUUCUGCUGUUGAGGACAAUGUUGAGCUACUUGAGAUGGGUUCACAAUCUGAGAAUGAGGAUGUUUUGGAUAGUAGGGAGCAAAACAAUGCAAACUUUGAAGCUGAGGAUGCUGAGUAUGAAGAUAGCAUGGAGAUGUAUCAUUCUGAUAAUCCUCCCAGUUAUACAUCAGAUACCAAUGCUAUCAAUGAAGAUGAAGUGCAAUCCAACCUCAAUGAUUAUCAUCCUUCAUACAAUCCAGAAAUUGAACCCCCUUUUAUUGAGUUGGGAAUGCUUUUUGAGGACAACAUUCAGUUUAAGAGUGCCAUGAUCAGGUAUGCAGUGCACCACAAGAAAAACAUUUAUUUUAAAAGGAAUGAAUCUAAAAGAGUCCAGGCACAAUGCAUUCAAGAAAACUGUCCCUUCUCUUUUUAUGCCAACUGGGAAGAUAGGUUCAAAUGCUUCCAACUGAAAACCAUGAUCACCACACACAAAUGCAAUCCCAAGUUCAAGUUGAGAGUUGUGAGUCGAAAAUGGAUAGAAGAUAAAUACGAAGACAAGGUUAGGGAUGACCCUUGUAUUGGGUAUGUGGCAUUAAAAGAGCACAUAGAGACUGAGUUGGGCAUUCACAUUGCUGUAAGCAUGGUUAGGAGGGCUGUGAGAGGCAUUAAGAAGAGAAUACAUGCCAGCUUUGAAGACCAAUUUACUAGGCUUAGAGACUACACUCAAGAGUUGCUAGAUUCUAUCCCUAACACUACAGUCAAGAUAAUGACCUCCAGAGUUGUUGAUGAUGGACCUUGUUUGUUCCAAAGGAUAUAUUGCUCCUUUGGUGCCAUGAAAAGAGGAUUUUUAGAGGGCUGCAGAAAGAUUAUUGGGCUAGAUGGUUGUUUCUUAAAAGGACUAUUGAAGGGGAAAAUCCUUACAGCUGUUGGAAGGGAUGCUAACAACAACAUGUAUCCAAUUGCAUGGGCCAUAGUUGAGAUUGAAAAUACAUCUUCCUGGCAAUGGUUUUUGGAGUUGUUGAAGCAUGAUUUGGAAAUUGAUGAUAGCAGCCCCUGGACAGUCAUAAGUGAUCAACAAAAGGGUCUUACCAAUGUCAUCCAGAGCUUACUCCCUCAAGCUGAACAUAGAAAUUGUGCAAGACACAUUCAUGCAAACUGGAGCAAGAACCACAGAGGGAAAUUCAUGAAGCAGUUGUUCUGGAUGUGUGCUAGGUCCACAUGUGAGGCACAACUUCAGGAGUGGCUUCAAGAGCUUCAAAAAAAGGACCCUGCUGCAAAACAAGAUUUGGAAAUAUAUCCUUUCAAAAACUGGUGCAAAGCCUUCAUUAGGACUUCUGUGAAAUGUGAUGCAUUUCACAACAACAUGUCAGAGGCUUUUAAUCGUACAUUGGUGGGGUGUAGGAGCAAACCCAUCAUUCCCAUGCUAGAAGACAUAAGGAUUCAAAUGAUGUAGAGAAUUGCUAAGAAGAGGGACCUAGCUGCAAAAUGGAAAGGAAGAAUCUGCCCUAACAUUAAGAAGAUUCUGAAUGGUAACACAAUGCGAAGUUCAAAGUGGAGGGUGGUAUUCAAUGGAGAUGAUGGGUUUGAGGUAAAGAGAGGGAAGUAUCAAUACAAGGUGAAGCUGGAGGGAGGUACAUGCUCUUGCAGAUCUUGGGAGUUGACUGAAAUUCCAUGCCAACAUGCUAUAUGUGCAAUGUUUGAUCAGGGGAAAGAUCCAGAAGGUUAUAUUGAUGACUGUUACUCAAUUUCUGCUUUCAAACAAACCUAUUCCUACACUUUGGAACCAAUCAAUGGGGAAAUGGCUUGGCCUACCGUUCAAGGAGAGAAAAUACACCCCCCUGCACAAAAAAAAAUGACUGGACGCUCAAAGAAAAAAAGAGUCCGGGAGGAAUCUGAGCCUCCAGCAGGCAAGCUGUCAAGGAAGGGAAGGGUGAUGACAUGUUCCCUUUGUAAGCAAAAGGGGCAUCAACGCCAUGUAUGUCCAACAGUUGCACCGGGAAGUCAUCAAUCAGUGAGGGGAGGUAGGGGUUCCAGAGGUGGCAGAGGAGGAAGAGGUGGAAGAGCUGGACGAGGUCAAAGGGUUGUAGGAGCUGGAACAAGUGAACCUUCCGGGGCUUCAAGAGCUGGAAGAGGAAGGGGUGGAAGAGCUGGAAGGGGAAGGGGGGGGGGGGGGUAGAAACUGAAUUCAGUAGGGGGUGUAUAACAAAUGUAAUGCAUAUUUAUGAUAGCUUGGUCUUUAUGGUUUUUGGGUGGUUAAAGUAAAGGUACUGCACUUUGGUGGAUGCUGAUUUUGGGGCUUUAUGUUAGGUGGUUAAAGUAAUGGUCUUUAUGUGUUUUGACUAUGUAAUGGUUAUUUGGUGAACCUACUUAUGUAUUCGGAUGUGUACUGCUGGGUUUACUAGUUUAAUGGUUCACUUUUAUGACAUAUGCAUUUUUUCUUCUUUGUAAAGGUGUGGUCUUGCAUAAAGUUGUGGGGUCUUGGAUAUGCAUUAUUGGUUUGUGGUGGGGUGUGGGUUAUAGUCUGGCUUUAUUCGUUCCUGCAGCUUAAAGGGUGGGGUGAUCUUUGGUUUUAAAAGCAGCCAAGUACUUCUUCAGAUUGUACUUGCUUGUUGUACAAUUGCUUCUUCAGAUUAUGGCUCCUUUCUAUUCAAGGGCUUUGCCUUUUAUCACAUGGGUGAUGGCACUGAUGGGUAUGCUUUACAGGCACAUGGUUUUAUCACUUUUUGAUGGAAAAGGGUAAAUGUGAUGGGUAUUUCAUGGGUUGUCCGGAUUAGGAGUAUCCGUUUUUAUGGGGUUUUUUGGCUAUUUCUGUGUAUAUCAUAAUGAUAGUGUUUGACAGAUGUGAUCAAAUGGUUGUUUCUCAUUUAACAAAGCUGCAUUCUUUUACUACAUUGUUAAAGUGGUCCAAGUACAUUGAAAACUACAAAACCCACUAAUCUAUUACAAUUUCUUAAGAAUAAGACCUGCAACAACAAACAUCACAACCCCUUGACACAUCUCUUCCAAAAUGACUUCUCUUUAGCUUCACUUUCAAGAAUCAGUUUGAUGGUUUGUAUGUCACGUUGCAUAACUAACAUCAUCCUUUUGAGGUCAUGAUUUGAGCAUUCUUUUGAACCAGGGCCCCCCAUGUAUGCUUCUUUCUCUUCAUGCAAACCUGCUAAAUCCUCUUUCCAUACAAAAUAUCCGCAACCUAAACCGUCCUACAAUUAUCACACAAACCAAUUUGUGUAUUAUACAAGAAACGAAGAACAAAACUAUAAACCAAUUCCUCUUUCCAAUUUAUGUUGCUUCAACAAAGAACAUAAAGACUACCAGAACCCCCCCCCAUAAAAGCCCUACUUCAUUUGUAUUACCAAAUCAAAUUCACAAAUACAUACCUUCCAUCUUUGUCAUCCAUAAAACUGCCGGUCACUUUCCCGGGUUGUACACAAACGAGCUUUGACACCACACAGACAGUUCGGGUCAUACGCACUCAGUUUCCUUCCCAGCGAAGAAGAAGAUGAAGCCGCCAUGGCUUUCUACGAAGAAGAAGAUACGCACUCAGUUUCCUCCAGGUUUUAAUGGACUAAUAUGGUUGGAUGGAGUAUUUAAUGAGUCAACAUUCAAUGAGAUGUAGGUUUAAGGGGAGUUGGGCCAAAACUUGCUGACUGGGCAUUUAAGGGGAGAAAACGGGCGGUUACCGGGUAAAUGUAGGGAUUGAACAAAAAAUGGGGGUUGGUGGGCCGGAUCGGAGGUUAUUUGGGUUCGGGGUGCGAAUUGAGCAAUUUGUAUACGUUCAGGGGCCUAUUUGACCCUUUAGCCUAAUAAUAAUAAUAAUAAUAAUAAUAAUAAUAAUAGUAUUAGCUAUUAUGUUAAAGUGUAUUCGGUAUUCCAGAAGGAAAGGGAAUAAUAAGUAGCUAGCUGAAUUGUAUUUCGGGGGUCGGGUGGACUUCUAUAAAUAGAUAGCUAAAGGAGGAAUAUGGCAGGCUGUUAUUUGGUAGUUGGCUGGCACUGGAGAGUUGACAUCUCUUUAACUGUCAGGACACUUUCUCUCUUUUCUGUUGAUCGAAUAACAAAUCUUAUUCACUGUUCAUCUUCGUUCCUACUUUUCUGCUAAAAUUCUCUCUGUCAUUCAGUUAGAUAAUUAACAUAGCCAUCAUCGCUCUUCAGUUUACUCACUCUUCUCACUCAAGCUUCUCUACACCGGGCAGUUCUUUCAGUUUUCUUCAUCUCAAGCAAAUUCAGUUCUCACUCACAGCACUAAGCAAGAUAUGUGUUCUUUUUCAUGCAGUCCCCUUCAUCCAAAUACUCAUAUAGUAUAUUGUUAUGUAUAUAAUAAAGUACUAGUAUAUUACUAUGUAUAUAAUACUCUAUAUUACUCAUAAUAAAGUAAUAAUACUCUGCAUUACUCUAUAUUACUCACAACACUAGUAUAUUGCUAUGUAUUUAAUAAAGUAAUAAAGUAAUAAUACUCUAAUAUUACUCACAGCAUUAGUAUAUUGCCAUGUAUAUAAUAAAGUCAUAGUACUCUGUAUUACUGUAUAGUACUUGCUGAAUUUGGUGUUUUAUUUUUGUGACUCAUGACUUUAUUUUGGCGAAUCAUGGGUUUUUUAUGCAUUUGGUUCAAUAUGAUGUUACAUACAUCACGGUAAUUAUAGAAUAGUAUAUGUGAUUUUAUCUAAGUAAUGCGCUUCACCCGAGUCAGGCGAGCGCUUUAUUUGCGCGAAGCGCCUCAGCCGCUGGAAGGCCCCUAGCGCUUCAAGUGUGCCUUUCGACUUUGACUACCUUGAUAUUCCAACCUAAAAUGACUGAAUGAAACCACCAACACCGAGUUAAGUUGCUCGGUUCAUUUUAAGUUUUGCAUUUCUCAAAACUGGACUGACAUUUCAGUUUUGCAUUUUUCAAAACCACUGACUAGUGAUAAACACCCAUGUUCUUAGGUUCACUUCUGAACUUGUGUUAUCUUUGAGACUUUGGUGCAAUAUAACAUUAACUUCUAAAAUGACUGAAGGAAACCGCCAAAACUGACUUGAGUUGUUCGGUUCAUUUUUUAGUUUUUGCAUUUCUCAAAGUUAAACUGACAUUUCAGUUUUGCAUUUUUCAAAACCAAACUGACUAGUGAUAAACACCCUUGCUCUUGGGUUCACUUCUGAACUUGUGACAUCUUUUAAACUUUGGUGCAAUACAACAUCAACUGAUUAAUGUGACAAACAAUUAAGAUGAACUGAAUAUAGUUUUGGGAAAGUUCCCGAAAUAGUAGUAAAUAGGUUUUGGAGUUCCAAAAAGGACUGUCAUAUUUUUCUUGCCGAAAUAAGAGUCAUCACUGCCAUAAUCGAAAAAUACUAUCAUUAGUGACAAUAAAUACUGCUAUGAUAUGCCUAGUACUGCAACUAUUUUGGCAAUAAUGACUCUAAGAUGGUAGUAACUAUUGCCAAUUUGCCAUGCUACUCUUAUUUCGGAAAGAAAAACAUAGCAGUCCUAUUUUGGAAUUCUAAAACUUGACUUUUAGUUGAAGUGACUUUGUCUGUGAAUGUGUGAUUUCAUUUCCAUUUAGGCGAUCCUGCUGGAGCGAGGUUAAAACCUGGAAGUGGCUAUGGAGCUGGGCUCGGCAUUCGCGUAGACUCGCCUUUGGGGCCUCUAAGACUUGAAUAUGCCUUUAAUGACCAGGGUGUUGGCAGGUUUCACUUUGAGGUUGGCCUACUCAACUGAGUGUUAAGUGUGUUUACCUAUGUUUCUUCCUUAGCGGAGCGUACCAAUUCAUUCCAUUACUAUUUCAAUCCAUGGCAACCUUAGAGUUUUCUUUCACUCAUUCAUUUUAUAGUUUGUGUAUAGCACUUCUUACUUUCUAGGAACUAAUAGCCCGGUGAUCCUUCCCCAACCCCUUCCAAAAGGGCCACUGGGAAUCCAGGAUCGGAUCCCAUAAUCAACAUUCAACACCCAAGCUUUUCCUGUAGAACACAUUGUGAAUGUGGUUCUAUUUUGAGUUCUUUUUCGCGUCUCACAAGAUCUACCCAAGUGCAUUGGAAAAGAAUGAUUGUAGUCAUGCUGAUUAGAUGCUUUUAAUUCCAUUGAUUCGUCUAAAACAUGAAAACAAAAUCAUCAUGGGUUCAUUGAUUGUUUAUGAUAUUCAUCAAUGUUUGGUUUAUUGCGUCUCCAUCCAAAAGUAUGCUGCUUGUAACCAUUAACUAAAAUAUGGCGGCUAAGUUUU